AUGCACUGGGGCUUUUUGGUCAAGAUAAUUACUGUGGAAGAUCCUAGGUGGCAGCAAAGCCAGCGUGAACAGACUGAGCCAUGGAGGUGGUACAAGGCGACCCCAGCCGAGGUCAGUGCAGACCAACCAUUUGGCAUUUGGGGGCUGGCUGGGAGCAGCAGUUCUUGUUACAAUCUAAGGCCCACCAGGCCCGUGGGGAACUGGACUGCAGUGGUGACUGAGUUUGUUCUGCUGGGGUUUUCCCUGAGCAGGGAGGCGGAGCUGCUGUUCCUGGUGCUCCUGCUGCCCACGUUCCUGCUGACUCUUCUGGGGAACCUGCUCAUCAUCUCCACUGUGCUGUCCUGCUCCCGCCUCCACACCCCCAUGUGCUUUUUCUUGUGCAACCUCUCUAUCCUGGACAUCGUCUUCACCUCAGUCAUCUCUCCAAAAGUGUUGGCCAACUUAGGAUCUGGAGAUAAAACCAUCUCCUUCGCCGGAUGUAUCAUCCGGUGCUAUUUCUAUUUUUCCUUGGGCACAGUUGAGUUCCUCCUGCUGACAGUCAUGUCCUAUGACCGCUAUGCCGCCAUCUGCUCCCCUCUGAGGUACACCGCCAUCAUGAGACCUCCUGUCUGCAUUGAGACCGUUGUGUUCUCUUGGGUGGGAGGCUUCCUGUCUGUGCUCUUUCCAACCAUCCCCAUCUCCCAGGGACCCUUGCUGGCCCUGGCCUGUGCAGACACCACUGCCAUCGAGCUGAUGGAUUUUAUGCUUUCUUCCAUGGUCAUUCUCUGCUGCAUAGUCCUCGCGGCCUAUUCCUCUACAUACAUCAUCUUGGCAAUAGUGCCCAUUCCUUCUGCAAGUGGAAGGAAGAAGGCCUUUAAUACCUGCGCUUUCCACCUGGCCAUAGUCAUCAUUUCUAGUGGUAUCACUGUGUGUAUCUUUGUGACUCCCUCCCCGAAAGAAUAUCUGGAGAUCAACAAGAUCCCUUCAGUUCUGAGCAGUGUGAUGACUCCAUUCCUCAAUCCCUUUAUAUGUACUCUGAGGAAUGACGCCAUGCAGGGAGUCCUCAGGGAUACGUGCGUCAGGGUUUGAGGAGUUUUAGAAAAGAGGAUGAGGGCAGUGCUGAGGAGCAGAUUGUCCUCCAACAAAGACCACCAAGGAGGGGCUUGCUCUUCUCCACCAUGUAUGUAUUGUGUAAAGCUCCAGUGUUAG